UGUGAGGUUUCUCAGAGAUGUCGUCCCAGAACCUGUUCCCAAACAGCGGAGCAGCUCCGGAAGAAUCUGUCGGUCGUCAUGGAGGCUGCCGGGCCAUAGGGAUCGUCUCGGCGCUGUCAGGAUUGGCGGCUGUGGUGAGUCUUGUCGCCCUGCUGUUCACGGUGCGGGAGCUCGCCUUGAUGCAAGAUCAACAGGCGACGUUCAUGGAAGGCAUACAGGACCAACAGAUGCUACUACGCAGCCAGCUUCAGGAUCUGAAGAACAAAAUGGAAUCAAGGACCUCAGCACUGCUCGGCCCUGAGGGCUCAACUGAAGGCUGGCGACGUGAAGACAGCGCCACCUUUUGGAGAAGUGGAGAAGUGCAUCACAGAGCCAAGAGGGCAUCAAAGAGUACAUCCGCUGCAAAUGCUGUACUAAGGAUAGUGCGCCUCAAACUUGAAAGACUCGGAUGUCUGUCUGGACCCCCCGGAAAUUUCUGCACCGAACUACAAGGUCCAGUUGGUCCACCUGGAGACUCUGGAAUUGAUGGAGUAGACGGACAACAAGGCCCGCCCGGUCCUCCCGGGCCUCCUGGACAGUGUUCCUGUACGGAGUCAACCAUUGCAACACCCGUAACCAUGACUACAGAACCUCAGAUCACGCUUGUAGAAACCAUGACUACAGAAUCUCAGGUCACGCCUGUGGUAACCAUGACAACAGCUCCUCCCACAGUGGUAGACUGUUCUGCACUUUAUGCCUCCGGACAGACGACCAGUGGAGUCUACACACUUGGCCCUGGUGUGCAGGCCUACUGUGAUAUGGAGACAGCAGGAGGCGGGUGGACUGUGAUCCAGCGGCGGCUGGACGGGUCGGUUCCCUUCAACCGGACCUGGGAGGAGUACAAACGGGGCUUUGGGGACCCGAACGGGGAGUACUGGCUGGGGAACGACAACAUCCACCUGCUGACCAGUCAGAAGGCUUAUUCCCUGCGUGUGGAUCUGAUGGACUGGGAAGGACAGCGCAAGAACGCGCAGUACAGCUUCUUCAAGGUGUCCGGAGAGUCAGACCAGUACCGGCUGCACACGAUCUCCGGGUAUUCAGGCACCGCGGGAAACUCCAUGUCCUCCAACAAGGGGUACAGGUUCUCCACUGUGGACAGGGACAAUGAUUAUGAUGGCCUUCGCCACUGUGCCCAGGUGUUCGGACAGGGCGGUUGGUGGUAUGGGUCCUGCAGCGGCUCCCUCCUCAAUGGCCUGUACUAUCGAGGCUGUGGGAACUCCUGUCCACCGUGGCAAGGUGUGGUGUGGCACCACUGGAGAGGCUGGCGGUACUCCCUGAAGGCUGUGUCUAUGAAAAUCAGGCCAUGGUAAUUCCAUUUGUCCACAAUGGUAUGGGCUGGUCUCAAUCAUGAUGUUUCUGACCUAGGGCGAAGAGUUGCUGUUACAGCUCCAAUCAUGUAACCCGUAACCUUGAGUGUGGCCUUCUGCGCGAUUCGACCUCUGCUUGGAGAGUAGUAAAUGUAAAUGUAUCAGUGCGGUCAAGAACGUCCUUGGUGCGGUUUAGUGGGAACCCAUAGCUAUCUGGGUAAGUAUUCAGAUAUAGUAGCUUUGGAGCAGGCUGUGAAAUGAUGAGUUUUGGAUGAAUCAGACAAAACAAAUUUGCUAAAACUCAUUUUCUGUGACAUGAGUUGUCAGGGCUCGAAAUUCAUUUUUGGGAUUAGGUGCACGGGUACACCCAGCUUAAAAAAUUGGGUGUACCAAAAAUUUAUUGGGUGCACCACUUAAAUUUAAGUAAUAACCUAAUAAUAAAACUUAGCUACAAGCUAUCAAAUUCUUAAACAGUACCAUGACAGACAAUUUUGUUAUCUCUCUAACACUAAGGUGUCAAGAAUGUGAUGUAUACCAGUAUACUUUGAUAUCUUUACAUACACAUAAACCCAUGAAAAUAUUUGGGUGCACCCUGUGCACCCACAGAAAAUAAUUGGGUGCACAGCUCCAAUUUUGGGUGCACCUGGGUGCACAUGCACCCGGUAUUUUGAGCCCUGGUUGUUAAAUAUCACCUGAUAGAGGAGAUGUCCUACCCCAAAACAGAAUGAAGUUGGAAAACUUUCAAUGAUUUUGACAUGAAAAAACAACCUGGUGUUUGGACUUGAUUGUUGAACAAGCACACACACACAUGUACGCCAUGUGAGUGUGUGUGUGUGU